AUGGUGUUGAUUCCGGCAGGCACGUUUCAGAUGGGCUCCACCAUCGGGGAUAGCGAUGAACGACCCGUGCAUACCGUCACCCUCGAUGCAUUUUACAUGGACAUGCACGAAGUAACGAAUGCACACUAUCAGAAAUUCGUCCAGAGCACAGGAUAUCCGCAACCACCGCUGUCGCAUAACCCAAGGUUCAAUGCCCCCGAUGUCCCUGUUGUUCGGGUGAACUGGCGCGAUGCGGCUGCGUACGCAACGUGGGCAAAUAAACGGUUGCCUACCGAAGCAGAGUGGGAAUAUGCCGCACGCGGAGGUCUAACUGGUAAACGAUAUCCGAAUGAUGAUAUAAUAACUUAUACAGACGCCAAUUUUGGCAGCACAGGCGGAGCGGAUAGGUGGAAGUGGACAGCCCCCAUUGGUAGCUUCCCACCCAACGGCUAUAAUCUCUACGAUAUGGCAGGCAAUGCCUGGGAGUGGUGCUUUGACGAAUACAACAGUGAAUUCUAUAGCAUCAGUCCACAAAAUAACCCGCGCUUCGGCAGAGAAAUUGCCCCAGAUACCGAAAACUUCCGUAUUCUACGCGGCGGUGGUUGGGGCGGGAGUCCCGAAGAUCUCCGAGUCGCAGAUCGAUGGUAUCACCUCUCAUCUGGAAGCACGAUUGGAUUUCGAUGUGUGAAGGACAUCCCACAAACAGAAGAGUAG